GCAGAGUACAAAAGCUAGCCUGCCGCCGCGUCCAACCUUUUCUCCAACAUACCACCCUUCUCAAACAACAUGCGAGCCGAUUUUCUAGCCCUGUUCCCAGCUCUGCUGACCCUCACGGCAACGACCAUCAUAGCGAUGCCCGCCGGUAUCAACGAGCUGAUGGGACGUAGCCAAAUUGAGCCGCUGUGUGCCGACUGCGCCUGCUCUUAUACGUGGUGCCAUGGAUGUCCUGGUUGCCAUCAUACCGAGCGAAUGUUCGAGGUAGAGAGCGAGCUCGCCGAGUAGGGGGAUGGUGGGGGGAGGACGAAGAAGGGCAAGCUGGUCUUGUCUACUUUCAGUAUACGUCUGCGCUUGAAGAAGAAAGGGAAAAAGAUGGCUGUCCAAGAAUGAAUCGAGAUUUUUUGUUAGCACCAGGACGAGAGCGAGACUGAGACUUGAGA